ACUGCCGAUCGACCAGAACUUCGCUGCAGCCGUCACAGCGCUUUGACUGCAGCGACCCGUCCACAACCAAGAGAUGAAGAGGAGGCUGCAAAAGAAAUACUUGAUUCUGAUCCUCGCCUACUCGGGUCUGCUCCUGCUCAUCCCGUAUGUGUUCGACUUCGGAGACAAGUCGCUGCAUGGCGCCAAGCUGCUGCAGCAGCAGUCCCGCUGCUCGGACCUGAAGAACGCAGUGGCGGUGCUGUGGGAGCGCGGCGACAAGGUGGACGGCGCUAACGCCACAGAGGCGCCCGGGAACAGCAGCCGGCCCCGCACGCACAUCUACUUGCACGCCACCUGGAGGACCGGCUCGUCGUUCCUGGGGGAGCUCUUCAACCAGCACCCAGAUGUCUUCUACCUGUACGAGCCCAUGUGGCACAUCUGGCAGGCUUUGUACCCGGGCGACGCGGGCAGCCUGCAGGGCGCCGUGCGCGACAUGAUGAGCGCCUUGUUCCGCUGCGACUUCUCCGUGCUCAAGCUCUACGCCGGCACGCAGAACCUCACCACCGCCUUCAUCUUCGGCUGGAAGAUGAACAAGGUUGUGUGCUCCGAGCCGCUGUGCGACGCUCACAAGCGGCACCAUGUCGGUCUGGUCCAGGAGGACCGCUGCGCCAAGUGCCCCAAGCGGGACAUCAGGGAUCUGGAGCGGGAGUGCAAGAAGUACCCUGUGGUGGUCAUUAAAGGGGUGCGUGUUUUGGACCUCAACACCCUGGUGCCCCUGAUGAAGGACCCGGCCGUAAAGCUCCACAUCGUGCAGCUCUUUCGGGACCCUAGGGCGGUCCACAACUCCCGCCUGAAGUCCAAGCAAGCGCUGGUGAAGGAGAGCAUCCAGGUGCUGAGGAGCAAGAAGCAGAAUGACAAGUACAAGCGUCUGCUGGUGCCCAACAACCGGAUGAACCGGGCCGAGAACUACGUGUCCAGCGCCAUGGAGCUCAUCUGCGACAACUGGCUGAGCGACAUGAUGCUGGUGUCCAACGCGCCGCCCUGGGUGCGGAGGAGCUACCACCGCAUCCGCUACGAGGACCUGGUGCUGCACCCUGCCCAGGAGCUCCAGAAACUCUACCGCUUCUCCAACCUGACCUCAUCGGCGGCGCUGGAGAGCUUUGCUCUCAACAUGACCCACGGCCGAGGCUACUCCUCGGACAAGCCCUUCCUCAUCUCGUCCCGGGACGCCAAGGAGGCUAUCUACGCCUGGAGAGAGCGUCUCAGCGUGGAGCAGAUCAACCAGGUGGAGGCCUACUGCAGCGAGGUCAUGAGGCAGCUGGGCUACCCGAGACACGGCGUGGACAAAACCACAUGACCGUGUCACGGGGCCUGCAAGUCGAGACUGAGGGCAUAACGGGGGACUAACAGCUGGAAUGUUUCCCACUGGGAGCAGCAAGCAUCGCUCAAGGGCUGUUUUUCUUCCAGCCGAGCGCAGCGGGCGAGCAGGAGUAGAAAGUGGGACACGAUGGGACGUAUUUUAAAGUCCUACCUGGAGCCGAGGUGGCAAACAAACACGAGGAAGGCCAGGCUGCUUCACACGUCAACGCUCGCUCUCCUCCCCUUUUUUUAGUCGCGCUAAUCCCUCCCGUCCCUCUUUACAAAUCGCCAGCAGGCGGGGGUGGGAGGCCUUAAAAAGCUUCUCAGGACGUUGCAAGGUGGCCGUCACCUGCCUGCAUGACUCAGCAGUAAUCUGCACUUAAGUGGACUCGCUAACAAGCUAACUUUGAAGGAGACUCCAGUUAAGAAGUGUUGGACCCCCUCCAUCCCUCAAACCCAACCCCCUCCGUCCUGUGAGGAAUGUGGACAGCUGCAGCGGCAUGAAGGAUACUUUUAGUCCACCCACUGAGGUCUGGGACAGACACGGUCCUUUUUCCCAUGCUUUCUUUGUGGUUUAUCAUCAUACAUUUAUGCACCCGGGUUAGGGGGGUGCUUUUUUAAAUAAAAACAAAAAACAACAGAAGUGCACAUUUGUCAUAUUUGUACAUGAAGACACAAACUUUGAAAUGACCUUAAUAAAGAGUCAUUGGAAACUUUCUGGUGAUAUUUUGUUGCCGUUUGCUGUCGUGUAACAAGCUGUACUUGGAUACGCCAUGCUCGCUCUGCACUAACAAACACAUGCAGUUCCUCUGUGAGGAUCAUUACGCUAACGCUCGCCAAAGAUCCUCUAUGUGACACGCCACUCUCCGUUUUUAUGGGCCCACUACAAAGGCGCUAGUCAAAGAUCCUCUAUGUGAUACACCACUCUCUGUUUUUAUGGGCCCACUACAAAGGUGCUAGUCAAAGAUCCUCUAUGUGACAUGCCACUCUCUGUUUUUAUGGGCCCACUACAAAGGUGCUAGUCAAAGAUCCUCUAUGUGAUACACCACUCUCUGUUUUUAUGGGCCCACUACAAAGGUGCUAGUCAAAGAUCCUCUAAAUCAGUGAUCCCCAACCCCCGGGCCGCACAAAAAGAAAAAAAAAAA